CUGCUUGUUUCUGCCGCUACAGGAGCCGGUAUUGAAUAGAAACAACGCGAAUCGUCGGAAUGACAAUGCAUCUUCUAUCGCUGGUUUUCGUGUGCGCACUGGUAUUGCCCAGCGUCGCGUUCUCAACACGAGGAAAAGCGGUGAGACUCAUGAUUCGUGAUCCGACCAGUAGUCGUAUCGAGGCACACCGUAGCGUGGGAGACGUAGACGUUCCCACGGUGCAACCAAUCAUCACAGACCGACGCCGUCUACUGAUAGAAGCGAGCGGGAUUGCACUGUCGGGAUGGAUCUUGGGACAGCCGUUGCCGGUUCGGGCCGUGGAGCCGCUCGCGUCGCCCAGGACAAUUGUUGUCACGGGCGCCAAUUCGGGAAUCGGUCUGGAAGCCUGUAAACGUCUCGCCGAUCAAGGACUCCGGAUUGUACUGGCGUGCCGAACGCUUCAAAAAGCUCGGGAUACGGCAGAGUUGCUCCGAGACAAACCUGGACAGUUGAUCCCGGCCGAAUGCGACUUAGCCGAUACCAGGUCGAUGCAAGCCUUUGCCACAGAUCUACCCAAGUUGAUCGGCAGCCAGUCCAAGCUAGAUACGGUCUGUCUCAACGCUGGGCUUGCUCGAAAUACAGCCGCUAAAGACGUAGCAAGGACAGCGGAUGGGUUUGAACUCACAGUUGGUACCAAUCAUUUCGGUCAUUUUUAUCUCAACCAUCUACUCUUGCCCAUGCUCCAAACCGAUGCGCGUAUUGUCGUUACCGCCAGCGGCGUACACGAUCCAGAAAGCCCUGGUGGAGCUCAGGGUACGCCCGCCACUCUUGGAGCCUUGCAGGGUCUCGAAACGGAUGGACGAGCCUGCACCAUGAUUGAUGGUGGUUCGUUCAACCCUGACAAGGCCUACAAAGAUAGCAAGGUAUGGAUGGAUUGUGGAAGUGCCCUCUGGUCUACAGACGCGUAUCUGCUCUGA